AUGCCCCUGACGGCCUCCCUCGGCAGUCUUCUCCGCAAGGCACCUCGCGUCGCCAUCCUGCGCGAGGCCGCCGGCUUCGACCCCAUCGACGUCCACAUGUCCGACGUCCUCGCAGGCCGCUCCCUCGCCGACUUUGUCGGUGUUGCGGCCGGCGGUGGCUUCUCCUACGGCGAUGUCUUUGGCGCCGGCGUCGGCUGGGCCCAGUCCAUCCUCGAGCACAAGCACGCCCGCCAGGAGUUUGAAAACUUCUUCAAGAGGCCCGACACCUUCGCCCUGGGCGUCUGCAACGGCUGCCAGAUGAUUACCCGUCUCAAGGAGUUGAUCCCGGGCACCGAGAACUGGCCCACGUUCGUCGAGAACGCCAGCAGGCAGUUCGAGGCGCGCUUCGCCAUGGUCAAGAUUGACGAGUCCCGCGCCGCCACGCCCUCCGUCUUCCUCCACGGCAUGGACGGCUCGUCCUUCCCCAUCGCCGUCUCCCACGGCGAAGGUCGCGCCUCCUUCUCCAACCCCAACGCCCUCGAGGACCUGAGCGGCGAGGGCCUCGUGCCCCUCCGCUACGUCGACAACCGCCUCAAGGUCGCGGAGCCGGAAGCCUACCCGUACAACCCGAACGGCAGCCCUGGCGGCGUGGCUGGCGUCAGGAGCAGGGACGGCAGGGUCUUUGCCCUCAUGCCCCAUCCCGAGCGGACCAUCAUGGCGGACGUCGGCAGCUACGUCCCCACGGAGCAGGUCGAGGGUUGGGGAGAGUUCGGCCCGUGGGUCAGGAUGUUCAAGAGCGCCAGACGCUGGGUGGGCUGA